AUGCUAACUCUAUCUUCCAAAGCAUGGCGAAUCGACUCCUCAAUACGGCCCCUGAUUGACGUCAAUUACCUCGAAAUACUAGACAAAGGAGUUUUUGGAUUUUCAAUGUUCGGACUGGCAUCUCAAUUUACCUUUUCGGUGAUCGGAAUACUAUGGAUGUAUACACUCACUCGAAAGAAGAUAUCAAUAUUAGCUGGACUACCUCCUCUACUCCUCAACAUCCUCUACGCGCUCUCCCACAAGCUCUCGGAGCCCCUUGAUGUUUUCGCCUGGCUCUCUUACGGCGUCAUUCACUUUAUCUCUCCUUUCGCCGCCGGAUUUUGGCUCUGGCUUUUUGCACCUCCAGGCGUUGUUUCCAUGUUCGGCUGGUCCUUCGGUAUCCAAAAUUGUCUAGGAAUCAUAACCCAUCUUUCCUUCCCAUCUGCUGCUCCCUGGUACGGCGACCAAUACGGCUAUCCCCUUCCACCAGGAAACUACAACAUGCCCGGCUCAGCAGCUGGACUCGUCAGAGUCGACAGUGUUCUAGGGACCCACAUCUAUGCCAACGCAUUCAAAGCGUCACCGCUCGUCUUCGGCGCAUUCCCCUCUUUGCAUGGGGCUUUCAGCUGUUGCUGCUUCUUCUUCAUCGGUCGCUACUCCAAGAAAGGAACCUUCAUCCUCGGCUUCUACGUUCUGUGGCAAUGGUUCUCGACCAUGUAUUUGCGCCAUCAUUGGCGCAUAGACCUUUUAGGAGGUCUAGCCUACAGCGCAUUUGCAUUCUCGCUCUUCUACAGGAGUCUCCAGAAAAUCGACAGAGCGUAUUCGACAGGUGUGAGUGGGGGGAAUGGAUGGCAAAGACUUUGGGAAGGCACGAGAGUGCAAUAUUGGUUUGAUAGGAGACCGGGUCAACAGGGGUAUGAGGUGUUGAUGGAUGAACAUGAGUAUAAUAAAGAGGCGAGGGUGGAGGAUAGAGAUCUGGGUAUGAGAAGCCCCGGGGCAGUAAGCCCGGGGCUGCAGGGGGAUUUGGAGGGCGCUUGGUUGAGGGAUGAGGGGGUGGUGUGGAUGGUUAAGGAUACGGAUACGGAUAGGAGGUUGAGGUAG